CCCCCCAUAUCUGAGUAGGAAUGGUUUGGCCCAGGUUUGAACUUUUGGAGCUGGUUUUCAAACGGCACAAACAAACCGACCACUUAAAUGUUUCGUCUGUUGAACUCAAAACAAAGUCAUUAAAAUACCAACACAAGACUGUUGCUGAAAUGCCAAAUCAGAGAGAGGAGGCCACUGAUGAUUCCCCCGCUGACCUUCCCUGUCUGGAAAAACUCAACUCUCCUACAGGGAGCCCACCCACUGCCUCAUUAUCCAGUCUGAUGGAGCUGGAAAAUUGUGUUUCCAACCUGAGCCUUGCGCAUGAGAUACUAGUGAACCGAGACUUCUGCUUCAAACCCAGGAGCCCUCCCACAGGCAGCCUGGAAGACAGAGUGACAGAGGUCGUUCACCGGGCGUUUUGGGACAGUCUUCAGGAGCAGCUGAGCAGUGAUCCUCCAAACUACAGUCAUGCUGUCAUACUGCUGCAUGAGGUCAAAACUAUGCUUCAAUCCCUGCUCAUGCCCGGUCAUGUCCGACUACGGUCUCAGCUGGAUGAGGUGCUGGACAUGGAGCUGAUCCAGCAGGAGGUCGAUCACGGAGCUCUGGACCUCCACAGGCUGGCAGGAUUCAUCAUCAACACCAUGGCGUCUUUAUGUGCUCCUGUGCGUGACCCAGAGGUCGGAGCACUGCGGGACCUUAAGGAACCUGUGGAGCUCCUGAGGGAGAUCCUCCGUGUCCUGGGGCUCAUGAAGACCGACAUGGUUAACUUCACUAUCCAGAGUCUGAGGCCUCAUCUCAUGCAGCAGGCUGUGCAGUAUGAGAGAGCCAAAUUCCAGCAGAUCCUGGACAACCAGCCAGCUUCUCUGGACAAUACUGCUGCUUGGCUCCAGGCAGCAGUGUCAGAAGAGGCGUCGGCAUUCACAGCUCAGUCUGAUUCCUCUGGUCCUGACAGCCGAGGUCCUCUCAGUGCCACCGCUGUCCUCAGCCGGGCCUACAUGCAUCUGCUCCACUGGGACCGGCAGGACCAGAAAUAUCCCGAGACUGUGCUGAUGGACCGAGCUCGCCUGGAUGCUCUGGGCCAGCGGCUCCAGAUGCUGGUUCUGGAGGCAUCGGUGCUGCUCCUGACCAGCGCUCAGUGUGGAGGCAUCGUUUUCACCAUGCAGGGGUUUGUAGGUAAACUCAGGCAGUCCGUCACUGCCUUGCUGGAGGGCAGUCACACCAGUGAUGCUGACCUGAAAGAGGCCCUGUCAGGUGUUGGGCAGACGGUAGUGCAGCAGGUGACUGAAGCUCUGAGCGCCCAGGGACCAGCAGCACUGCCUCAGGAGAACCAGGACCUGCUGAGAGGACAGAUAUCCGACCUGUGGAAGCAAAACAACCCUGUUCGCACGCUUACAGGAGAAAGAGUACAGGGCUUCCUUCGGGCCAUGCUGCAGGGUGGCCCCGCUAAAAGGAGUCCAGAGUUGUCUGCUCCCCUCAGGCUGGUGAGUGCUGAGCUAGCUGAGCUGGGGACGGCCUUUGGGCGAAUCGUCCAUUUCAACCGAACAGUCUUUGGUCCCUUCUAUGCACCCAUCCUCAGGAAACUGUUGUUCCCACCAGGAGAGGCUGAGGCUGGGGAAGACUCACGCUGAGGGGGAUCUAGACAGCCAAUGGUCACCUGAACAUAAGCUGCAAUUUUAUCUUAAAUGGGUAGCUUUAAAAUGUAAAUACGGUGAAUUAAAAUGUUUAAGGGAAACUUAGCAAUUGAUGUUUACAGUCUCCAAAGAAAGUAAUAAUUUUUUGAGAUGUUAGGACAAAAAGUCCAAAUCAAAGCAUUAGGCAUGAAUAAAUAUUAAAGUGCAUCCUAACUACAAACCUGUGAAUGCAAAACAGUAGAAAGUAGCCGUGUGGAAGAAACAAAUAGUAGCUUCCACCUUUAAUGAGAAAAUCCAAUAUCAGUCCCAUUUACCCCUAACAAGAGACUGACUGUGAUUCUGAAAUGUUUUUCAUAAACAAAAAACAAAGAAAAUAUGCUAACAGUUUGUAAAUAAUUAAGCUUUAAUAAGUUGGUUAUCUUUAUGUUGAUAGAUGUUUAUGUGUAACUUACCAAAGACAGUGAGCACUUUUAUAUUGAUUGCUUUUCCUUUUUUGUUGUUUUUUUUUUGCACCUUUGAUUAUAAAGCAAAAAUGUGCUCCAGCGUUUUCCCUACAGCUGUUGGUGUUAGUGGGGAGGAUAGGGCAGUAUGCAGAACUCUGUUUGUAAAGCAAUACCUAAGUGAUUCAUUUUCACUGUUCUCCAGCCACUAAAAUAUUACAGACCAAACCAAUAAAAAUAGAUGGAUUCAAAAUUCUGAAA